ACUCUAUCACAGUUCACGUUAUGUGUUUAUUCUGACGCUUGUGACGCAGGGAAGAAAGCGUUUCGUGUAUUUUCCAUAGUGUACUGUUUAAAUGUAACUGAAGCAGACGAAAUUUCUUCUGAUAAGAAAUUUAUAUUAAAUUACGAUUUCGACGUCUAGGUGUUCAAACAUUACAAGCAUUGUAAUUAAGAAAUAAACGAAUUUACUAUGGAGAAUAUACCAGGAAGUGAGAAUCAACAAAUGCCCCAUCAGAUGCCCUCAAUGAUGAGCAUGCCUUCAAACAGUAAUCACGGAGUUCCAGGAAUGGAACCUGCUAAAAUGUUGCCUAGUUUACUGAGCUUGAAAGUAAGUCCACCAAGUGAAUUACAAAAUCAAAAUUCAACAGACGACGGUGGAAGAGAAACAGAUGGUGACUCAAUGAAAUUACCAGCAGCUUUAGAACAAGCUUUGGCUUUCAAAACUGAGAGAGCAAAGGAGGUAGGGGCAGAUCCUAAUGAUAUAGUUCCUUUAGAAAAAACAUCUAAUCACGAAACUAUAGGGGAAGACGCAUCACAAUUAGAUGAUGUGAUAAUUGAACCUGAGGCAACAAUGGAGAAAACAGACAUGAAGUCAAAUAAAACUAAAAAAAAGAAGAAGAAAAAAAGGAAGAAGCACAAUAUGGGCAAAGAAGCAGAGAAUAAAAAGGACGACAUAGAAAAUUCAAAACCCAAAGAAAGCUUACCUGAAAUUGAAUACAUUCAAGAGAUUCCGAGUAUCAAUGAUUUGGAGCCAAUGUACCGUCAAUUUGCCAGAAUCUUUGAAGCAUUUAAAUUAACCGAACCUGAACCGAAGUCUACUGAAGCAGACAAAGGUGAGCCAAUAGGACAGUAUCCACCUGUAACAAACUUACAAACCACUGGAACUGUACCCAGUAAAGUACCACCUUUGGAUGAUUUCGACGACGAUGUAAAUCAACCGCAGCAACAACAGGGAACUGGGGAGAAUGGUGCUCCUCGUCUCUCCAAGAGAAAAUUGAAAAGGCUAACGCGUUUGAGUGUCGCGGAAUUGAAGCAACUCGUAGGUCGACCCGAUGUUGUAGAAAUGCACGAUGUCACUGCUAGGGAUCCAAAACUCCUUGUACAAUUAAAAGCUCAUCGUAAUACCGUUCCUGUGCCAAGACACUGGUGUUUUAAGAGGAAAUAUCUCCAGGGUAAACGUGGCAUCGAAAAACCUCCGUUCGAUUUACCGGAUUUCAUAAAACGCACAGGCAUUACCGAGAUGAGGGCGAGUCUUCAAGAACGGGACGAUACACGUACAUUAAAAGCUAAAAUGAGGGAGAGAGCACGGCCGAAACUGGGCAAAAUAGAUAUCGAUUAUCAAAAAUUGCACGAUGCAUUCUUCAAAUGGCAAACAAAACCUCGUAUGACUAUUCACGGUGAUCUCUAUUACGAAGGAAAGGAGUUCGAAACGCGUUUGAAGGAAAAGAAGCCUGGAGAGUUAUCCGAUGAACUGCGUACCGCGCUCGGUAUGCCAGUAGGGCCUAAUUGUCAUAAAGUUCCACCGCCGUGGUUAAUCGCUAUGCAACGUUACGGGCCACCGCCAAGUUAUCCCAAUUUGAAGAUACCUGGUUUGAACGCUCCGAUACCUGAAGGAUGUGCAUUUGGAUAUCAUGCUGGUGGUUGGGGUAAACCUCCCGUAGAUGAAACGGGACGACCUUUGUACGGAGAUGUAUUUGGGAUCUCUCGCGCUCCGGGUGGAGACGCUAUGGACGAAGAGAUUGACAGAGGUAUGUGGGGCGAGCCUGAAUCGGAAUCUUCCGGAGACGAGGACGAAGACGAGGAUGCAGAGGAGGGUGGAGAAGGAGAAGGAGAAGGGAAAGACACGGAUGGAGAUGCAAGUGGAUUGGUUACACCCGGUGCAGAGGGUCUGAUAACACCAAGCGGAAUAACAUCGAUUCCUGCAGGAUUGGAAACUCCAGAGACUAUAGAAUUAAGGAAGAAGAAAAUUGAGAGCGAAAUGGAAGGAGGAGAUACGCCCGCUUUGUACACGGUUUUGCAAGAACGACGAACGGAAGGUCUUGGAGCCAGUAUGAUGGGCAGCACGCAUGUGUACGAUAUGACUGGGGCAGCAGGAGGUCAAGCACCUCCAUCUGUGAUUGCUGCACGCCGUGGUGUAAGUGGAACAACAUCUGAUGGAAGAACAGAGAAAGACGGAGCUGUUGAAUUGGCGUUAGAUCCAAGUGAAUUGGAUCUCGAUUCCGAGGCAAUGGCGUCACGAUACGAAGAGACUAUGCGAUCGCGUCAAGCUCAUCUGAGAAGAGAAGACUUAUCAGAUAUGCUUCAAGAUCAUGUGCAACGACAAAAAAGUAAACGUAAACGACAACAAGGUCAGGACACAAAAGCUUCGAAAAAAUAUAAAGAAUUUAAAUUUUAAACGUAUUAAAUGCCCCUACCAUAAAAAUAAAAUGAUUUAUCCGAGGAAAAGAAAAAUUAGACCUCACCGAAACAAUAUUAUCCGCAUUCGAUUUCUUGUGUAACGCAUUAUUUGAAACUUUGUAAUUUAAUGAUACGUUAAAUUUUCUUUACACCCCAAUGUAAUAUAUUAAUGUACGAAAAUGAUACAAAGUGUUACUCGGUCGCUUUAUUAAAACAGAACUGUUGGAACACAUCACAAUUUUCUUAUACAAUAUGCUUUUUCUCUGAAAGUAUAGAGACUUUAAAUUUAUAUAAAGAAAAUGUCAUAAGUGGGUACGAUAAAUAAUACAACAACAAUAAAAGACAAGGAAGAGAUA